AUGGUGGACCAGCCUCGGAUUCUGCGGCCUCGUCCGCGCCGCGCUUUUGAGAUUCCUGCAUCCAACGAUUCAUCUGGCCCUCCCACUCCUGUCGAACUCUCCAAUUCCGAAUUCCUGAAUCCCAACUUGCAGGGUCAGGAGACCCCCACAACAUCCACGAGUGUUAGCCGUACGGGUUCGAUUUUGAAUCUGACCUCCUCUACUCUCUAUGGUAUCUAUCAGCCAACUGCAUUCGGUACCCUCCGCGAUGAGUCCAGCCCCUGGGGCACGGAGGCCAACACUCCCGCUUCAGAAUUCCCGCCCGAGCCGUCACAGCGCGCGGCGUUGAAAACAGCGAUCGAGCCACGUCCAUUAGCACUGCGUCGGACACGCUCACGACUCAGCCAUGGAUUGUUCCGAGGUGUGAUCUUGCCACAGGUGCUGAGCAGUGCGUUGCUGUUUGGAUUUGGAAUUGCGUAUGGGGUGAUCACCGUUCACCUUCAUGAUAACCAUUGGAUUACCCCUGUUAAGUUGGAAAAUAUCCACUACUACGAUUCAUGGCAGUACUUGGGCUUCUGGGGAUUGGCUGGUAUUUUGCUGGGAAAUGUGCUUCCUUGGUUAGACAGCUGGCGCGAUUCUGAGUCUGUACGCGAGGAACAGACGAAGCGUGCGAGAAAUGAUGAUGAUAAUGAAGAUCGGACCCCAUCUUGGGUUGCUGUUGCUCGCAGUGUUGGAGCCUUCGUUGGAAUUGCUUUCGCUAUGCGUCGACUUCCCUGGCAAUCUACUACCCAAGCCUCACUCACCCUCGCUCUCGCAAACCCUGUUCUGUGGUAUCUGAUUGACCGGACUCAGACUGGCUUCGUUAUGGCCACCGCCGUGGGCGUCGCUGGCAUGAGCAUGGUCCUAGGCUUGAAGCCUGAGCUGAUUCCCACAUCCACUGGCCCAUCCGUGGGAGCUACUUUCCUCAACGGCACUGGAUGGGAGAAUUCCCUGGGAGCAGACAUUACUCAGGAGAGCAUCGCCGUGCGCACUUGGGUUGCUAGUGUGCUUUUCUGCGCAUGCGUGUGCUUUGGCAACAUUGGCCGUCAGUUGGCCAUUGGAGCCAACGGCAGAGAAGCUGUCAAGUCCUGA